AUGACCCAUUCGUCAGGAACAUCCGAAGAAGAGUACGAGCCUCAGGCCUACUACACACACCAAUCGGCUAUUGAUGACACCGACGGCGAGGCCCAGGAGAAGCCCCCUCAUCAUGCCCGAGCAGGAUCUAUGACCACUACUCACUCCAUUUCGUCUCAGCAUCUCUACCGACGAAACUCACACGGCCAGGUCCAGACUCUAUAUGUGUCUGACGCGUUGGUCGACAACCCCGAUGAUCCGGAUGUGAUUCAGCAGGAAGAAGACGGUCUUCGGCUUCACCGAGAGGUGUCUGGCAUGUCUGGUAGACCUCCCAGUGCACUGAAUGAAGAUCAGGUGGAUACCCAGAGUCUUUACACCGUGUCCGAGCCCUCCAGACACACCAUGCGUCGCCGAAUGGGCUCGGUGGUCUCUCAACUUGCAUCUGGAUCGAUUCUUAACGGCGAGACACCCGACGAUAGUGACACGGAUAUCAUUCUACCCCCCUUUGGAGGAGGAAAACAGUACCCCAAGGCCCUGCCUCCUAUUGAAGAUUAUACCGUGCAGUUUGACGGUCCCAAAGACCCACUGUCUCCUCUCAACUGGACCAUGAAGAGAAAAUGCAUUUCGGCAGUGAUUCUGGCACUCGACACCUUUGCCGUCUCCUGGUGUUCUUCGGUAUACUCGGCGGGUAUGCCACAGUUGAUUGCCGAGUUCAAGGUCGGUCAGGUUGUGCUUCUUCUUGGAGUUUCGCUCUUCAUUAUGGGAUUUGCCUCUGGUCCCAUUGUUUGGGCUCCUAUGAGUGAGCUGAUGGGCCGACGACCUCCCAUUUUGAUCGGCAUGCUUGGUUUUACUCUCUUCACCUUUGCCACUGCCACCGCAAAGGAUCUUCAGACCGUCAUGUUGACGCGGUUCUUCUCCGGUUUCUUCGGAGCCUCCCCUCUGGCCAUUGUGGCUGCUUCUUACUCAGACAUGUUCCCCGCUAACCAGCGAGGCUAUGCCCUGGCCGCCUUCACCAUGUGUGUGUUUGUGGCCCCCAGUUUGGCUCCCAUGGUUGGCGGAUUCAUCGCCAAGAACCCCAGCACGGGAUGGAGAUGGGACGAGUACAUGACCGGUAUUCUGGGCGCUCUUGUGACCGUGUUGACUCUCUUUUUCUGCGAGGAGACCUUUGCUCCGGUCCUGCUCGCCAACAAGGCCAAGAAGCUGCGGAAAAUCACCGGAAACUGGGGAAUCACCUCUCUUCACGAUCAAAGAGAGCUGGAUGUGGGCGAGAUCAUCAACCGAAACGUUCUGCGACCAGUCAAGAUGCUUUUCACCGAACCCACUCUCUUCUUGGUGACUCUGUUUGUCGCCUUCCUCUACGGAAUCAUGUACAUGGCUCUGGGAGUGUAUCCCAUCAUCUUUGCCGAGGGCUACGGAAUGCAUCAGGGAGUGGCUAUGCUCACCUAUCUGGGUCUUAUUAUCGGCGAGGCCAUUGGUUGCAUCGUCUCCAUGGCGUUUGAGCCCGUCUACACCCGAAAUGGAUGCACUCCUGAGGGUCGACUUCCUCCCAUGAUUGUUGGAGGCUGCUGUCUGCCUCUGGGACUCUUCUGGCUCACUUGGACCGGUCAUUAUCACGAACAUAUCCAUUGGAUGGUUCCCACCGCCUCUGGUCUUCUCACCGGAGUCGGAUUCAUCACCAUUUUCCUCGCCUCCAUCAACUACAUUGUCGAUUGCUACACUCUGUUUGCCGCCUCGGCCAUGGCUGCCAACACCAUGAUGCGAUCGUCCUUUGGAGCCGCCUUUCCUCUCUUUACCCCCGCUCUGUUCCACAAUCUCGGCGUCAACUGGGCCGGCACUCUUGUUGGAGGUAUCGCCGUUCUCAUGUUGCCCGUCCCCAUUCUCUUUUACAUUUUCGGCAAGAGAAUCCGGUCCAAGAGCAAGUACAAUGUGAGACCCAACUAA